UUCAACGCGUACUGGAUGAUGUACUUGGCGUCGGACCUGUCCACCCGGGACAAGGUUACGAGCACGUUCCAGGAAGCCGUCAAGAACGGCAUGAACAUUGCCAGGACCUUGGCCUUCAGCGACGGCGUUGACCGGGCCCUCCAGAUCACUCCUGGCGUCUACAACGAAGAAAUGUUCAAGGGAUUGGACUUCGUGAUAUCGGAAGCCAGGAAAAACGGAGUGUAUCUAAUACUAAGCUUGGUGAACAACUGGAAUGACUUCGGAGGAAAGCAUCAGUAUGUGCAGUGGGCUCGGAACAGCGGACAGUCCUUGGACAAUGAUGAUGACUUCUUCACUAACUCAGUCACCAAGGGUUAUUACAAGAACCAUAUCAAGGCAGUUCUGACGAGAAUGAACACUAUAACGGGAGUGGCGUACAAGGACGACCCUACCAUCUUUGCAUGGGAACUCAUGAACGAGCCUCAAAGCCUGUCCGAUCCCUCUGGCAAAUCUCUUCAGGACUGGGUGAGCGAAAUGGCGGCGUACCUGAAGUCGAUCGACAGUAAUCAUAUGCUGGAAGUUGGACUCGCAGGGUUCUAUGGGCAAUCGGUUCCGGGGAAGCAACAGAACAAUCCUGGCGGUCAGCUUAUCGGGACUGAUUUCAUCUCCAACACCCAAGUCCCCCAGGUCGACUUCUCCACAAUACACCUGUACCCUGACCAAUGGUUGCCUAAUCCAAGUGAGAAGGACCAAGAUGCAUUUGCGGACAAGUGGGUUCAGGACCACAUUCAAGACUCCAACACCAUCCUUAAUAAGCCGAUCAUACUCGGCGAAUUCGGCAAGUCAUCGAAGUCAUCGGGCUACACCAUAGAAAAGAGGGACAGCUAUUUUGGGAGGCUGUACGAUGCGAUCUACGCGAGUGCAAGCAACCAAGGGUCGUGUGCCGGCGGCCUUUUUUGGCAGGUGCUUGCUCAAGGCAUGGAUAACUUCAACGACGGGUAUGGAGUCAUAUUAGAGCAGAGCCCUUCCACAGCCAGCGUCAUCGCUCAUCAGUCUCGCCGAAUGUUGGCUCUCACAUGA